AUGGUAUUCUACUUCACCAGCAAUGUGGUCAAUCCACCGGUGACCUUCUUCAUGGGCUUGGAUAAAUUUGAGAACGAGGAACUAAUCCGAUGGGGCUGGCCAGAGGAUGUUUGGUUCCACGUGGACAAAAUAUCAUCUGCCCAUGUUUACAUUCGUCUCCAAAAGGGCCAAACCAUUGAUGACAUCCCCACUGCAGUCCUGGACGAUGCAUGUCAACUUGUCAAGGCCAACAGCAUACAGGGGAACAAAAUGAACAACCUGGAUAUUGUCUAUACAAUGUGGGAGAACCUAAAGAAGACCCCCGGAAUGGAUGUUGGCCAUGUUGCCUUCCACCGUGACAAGGAUGUAAGGAAAAUCCGAGUGGAGAAGCGCAUCAAUGACAUUGUGAAUCGUCUCAACAAAACCAAGACUGAGGCACAUCCGGAUUUCCGGGCUGAACGUGAGCAACGCGAUGCUGAAGAGCGUGAAGACAAAAAGCGCCAAUUGCAGUUGCAGAAGGAACGUGAAAAAGAGGAAAUUCGCCGAAAGAAGGAAGAAGCUGAACUCCGAAGCUACACUAGUCUCAUGAAAUCCGAUAAGAUGACCUCCAAUUACGAUGCUGGAAAUGAUUCCGAUGAAUUCAUGUGAAAUCUCUUCAAAUAUACCAUCUGUUAUACAGAAUUCUACUUUA